AUGGGCAAUUUACCGAGCAAAGGAGGAGAAUGGAUUGAAUCAACAGCUGCUUUACCAAAAAGAAUGAGAUCAAAUAGCAAACAAUUCAAUGGGGAUCCAUCAUUAAUUCCUUCAAAACUAUUACCGAGCAACUCAAAAAGAUAUUCAAAAACUUCAGUUGUUAUUCCAGUGCGACAUCAAAUAGUUACUCUUGAUAAUGUCACGCCUCUUGUUUCAUUACCACAUGCAGCUACCAUUCAUCCGCUCAGUCCAAGAAGAUCAACUGGUUAUUUUAAACACAGGGGAAGUCACGAUUCUCAAAGUAUUUCAUCGAUUACCUCUGAAGAAGUUGAACCUAAUACACCAACAUUUUUAUUCGGUCAUGAUGAACUAUCGAGUUCUUUACCUAAAGACUCGGUAUUUGAUCACGAUGUUUGGGUUUAUGAAUAUGGUGCCGAGAAAGAAAGAGACAGACAAACAAGACAGCAUUAUGUCCUCAAGCAAGUUCUUCAAGGAAACAUUCACGUCACAUUGGAUAAACCAACGAGGAUACUCGAUAGUGCUUGCGGUGUAGGUUUAUGGUCACUUGAGAUGGCUCAUGAUUUUCCAAAUUGUCAAGUCAUAGGUAUCGACAUCCUUCCUCCCUCUGAACACGAGGGAUGGAGUCUUGCUAGAACGGGUGCUUGGUCUGCUGGUCAGACAAGAAAUGUUUGUUUUCAGAAGCAGGAUAUUCUGCAAUCUACUCUUUCAUUUGAUGAUGGCUCAUUUGAUUUUAUUUAUCAAAGGGAUGUUGCUACGGUUUUACCUUUUAAUAUAUGGCCCAAGUUAUUAUUGGAAUUUUUUAGGAUAACAAAGCCAGGUGGAAAGAUCGAACUGGUAGAAUAUGAUCUACACUUCAAAAAUCCAGGGCCGGUACUGAACCUAGUUAAUGAAUGGUACAGUGCAGCAGCAGCCACCAUUGGUGUUCGCCAAGAUUAUACAAAUUAUUUAUCAGAGUACUUGAAACGCGCUGGCUACAUCAAUAUCACCGAAAAGACCAUUGAUAUCCCCAUUGGUGAAUGGCCAACGAAUGAUUUGCAAAGGCAGUAUGGUUUUCUGUACAAGGAACAGAUGAAGGCACUCUUCAAAUCCAUGAAACGUUGGUGGUGUACCGAAAUCAAAGUAUCUCCUCAAGAGUAUGAUCAAGUCUGCAUAGACGCGUUGAAGGAAUUUGAAGAGUAUCACAGUAUGGCUCGGUGGAAGAUAUUUACUGCCGAGAAACCGAAAAGCGCAUGA